AUCGGCGUUCGAGGCGGGGCGAUGCCCGGGGAGAUCCCCGAGGUGGAUCUCUUGCUGGCCCGGGGGCUGUAAAGAGAGAAGUGGAGCUGGGCAAACUCCGGGCUUCGGUGCUGCUGCCGCCGCCGCCCGCUGCUGAUUCCCGGCCGCCUCACCCUGUCCCAUGGAGCUAGAGGGGCAGUGGUGGAAAGGACAGCUCGCUGCCGACAUCCACCAAGCGCUUCGCUACAAGGAGCUGAAGCUUCCAUCCUAUAAAGGCCAGUCUCCCCAGUUAAAUCUGAGAAGAUACUUUGCAGACUUGAUUGCCAUUGUGAGCAAUCGCUUCAGGCUCUGCCCUGCUGCCCGCCAUCUUGCUGUUUAUCUCCUGGACCUCUUUAUGGACCGUUACGACAUAUCCAUUCAGCAGCUGCAUGUGGUGGCUCUUUCCUGUUUGCUUUUAGCGAGUAAAUUUGAAGAGAAGGAAGACAGUGUGCCUAAACUUGAACAGCUAAACAGCUUGGGUUGUAUGACUAACAUGAACCUGGUACUAACCAAACAGAACUUGCUGCACAUGGAGCUGCUGUUACUAGAAACCUUUCAGUGGAACCUCUGCCUCCCGACAGCUGCUCACUUCAUUGACUAUUACCUCUCCAUUGCCGUUCACGAGUCCGAUCUUCACGAUGGAUGGCCAAUGGUUUGCUUGGACAAGACAAAGUUGUACAUGGCAAAAUAUGCCGACUACUUUUUGGAAGUAUCCCUGCAAGAUCAUGCAUUUUUAAAUUAUGCCCCUUCGUUAGUGGCUGCUGCAUGUGUGGCUUCUUCAAGGAUUAUCUUGCGUCUUUCUCCAACGUGGCCAGCAAGACUCCAUCGCCUUACUGCGUAUUCCUGGGACUUCCUGGUGCCAUGCAUUGAACGAUUGUUGGUAGCCCAUGAUAAUGAUGUAAAAGAAGCCAACAAGCAAAAAGGACAGCACGGUUCUCAAGCAGCCCAGCACAGUUUAUUUCAAACAACCACACAGCCUCCACAGCAGCACAUACCCCAGUAUGUUCAAGCACAUCAGACUCCUCAGCAGUUUCAUCCAACGGCACAGCAGCAAAACUGCCAGCAGAUUCUGCCAUCUGGUCACACGUCGUCUUAUCCACUGCAGACUUGCCCAGCUGGUUUACAAGGUGGUGUCCAGGCUAGAGGUCAUAUACAGGCGGCUGCUGGAAUGUCACUAACUGUCCCCAUAGAAGUGAAGCCAUGUAUAAGUGUUUCUUACAACCGAAGCUAUCAGAUCGCUGGACGUUAUCCUUGCAUUACUCCGUGCUUUGAGAGGUGAUAACUACAGCAAAACGCUGCAAGGAGGACAGACCUCUAUUUUUCCUCUUAACAGCAGAGAAGUAGUUGAAUACUUUUUUUUAAAGGUAACUCGAUUGCAGGAACUGCUAAUAUGAGAUUAUACCUACUGAUAAGGUGUUAAUAACCUGAAGGAUGGACUACUCCCCGUUCACAGUUGUAUUUGUUCAGUUGAAGCCUGCGCUUAAAACUGAGGCUGAGAAACUGCUGCACUGGCUUAGUUUGUCUUCCCAUGAAGAGGAAUGAUCCUGUGUGGUUCUAAAGGGACCACUGCGUCUACCCUUCGCUAUACAGUAUUGAAUAAGACUUUAAACUCCACCAAGUGCCAUGCUUUCCUUCAGGACGGAGAGCCACAUGGGAGAGAGGAGAGAACCUCUUGAUUGAAAUUGGCAGUUCCGCUCUCGUUCAAGAUCUUUGGAUGAGAUUUUGUGUUAGAAUGCCCUUUGGGUUAACUUUUUUGUAUAUCUCAUACUUCAAAGUACUUUAGUGUUUGCUGAAACCAGUUUAGAGCUAAACUGUCAUACUAACUCAGGGAAUAAUCAAACUACUUUGAUACUGGUGUAUAUCAUUUAAGUAGUGUUCUUGGGUUUCCUCACUCAGGGUAAUGGCCAUAGCAAAUACCAAAGGGAGUUCAGAUACUCAUCCAGACUACUCCCUUAAUCCAAAAUUGUGCUUUCUAUUGGGAAGAAUGGUGUGCUAUCUUCAAACAAAACCAAUGUUGUACCAUAGCCAACUGAAGAUUGUUUGUGGUUUCCCCUAGAUUAUGUAACCAACUAUUUAUGACCCAAAUCCAUUUUUCCCAUUGUAUUGAAUUCCUACUUAAAUAGGGAGAAAGUACAAUUUAAAUCUUUUCAAGAAGCAUAGCAUUGUACAUGAUAGUUGCAGAGCAAAUACGGGAUUGAAGUUCUCAGGCUCUACCAGAACAGCUACCACUUCUUGUUUCUACAAUCGUAUUAAUAGUGAUUCAGAUAUUUUUCUGAUGUGAACUAGAUAGUCCUACAAAGACUGCUAAGUGCAUAACUAUCAGAAAGGUGAUAGUUUUUAGCUAUUUAAUUUCCUAUACUUGGGUUCAUACCAGAAACAGAGUGGCAAAUAGGUGAACACCUUACAUCUUCUCUUCUUCUCUAGCUUCCUAUCUGAUGUAGAUGUGAGAAGGAAUCCAUGAUGGUUGAAGGCAGAGGGUAGCACUUGCUUCCUGAUUUCUAGGGAUGGAUUAAGUUUUUCAAAAGAAUAGUAUGAGUUGAUAGGGGAAAGUAUAUAUAAAAAUUGUCAACAGAUUUUCCUCACAAAAGGGACCAUCCCCAAACACUUGGUGCUCUGAGAGAAAUGGCACUGCUUGAUUGAAAAGGCUCUCCUAGAGCUGAAUAUGCUGCAAGAAAAUAUUCUUUAAUUUAGAGGAGAAACAAUCCUCUGAGGCAAUUAUUUUAUACCGUAAUAUAUUUUCAGGGUGUCUUUGACAAAUGUGAGGAGUUUUUGAGAGAAGGGAACAUUCUGAGACCACCACCAAUUUGAUAAAGUGUCCUUGCUACUUCUUUCCUAAGGUCUUUAAGUAUUGUCUUGUUUUCCUCUCACAUGCUGUCCUUUAAAGGGGCAGAGAGAAGGUUACAAAUAGAAGAGGUGGAGGUCUGAUGGUAUCACUUGUGGUGGUUUCACUUUAAUAUGUGAGGAUGAAGGACUACAGAAUGCAUCUGAAAAGGAAAGAUACUCAACUUAGUUUGUAAUACUAUAUGUAAGACUCUUCAUUGUUUGACUACCUCAAUAAUACGUUGAAUGUACAGUCUUGUGGUAAUCCAUGACUUGAAAUAACAGCAGGUUACUUACUUUGUGUUUUUUUUACAUUGGGUUCAUUUUCAUUCUCCAUGUGUGAGACAGCAAACGAGUUAAGACGUCUAUUUUGUAGGCCUGUACACUCAAACAUUAGCUGAUAAUUAACACUGGAAUUAUGGGGGAGGGUAAUUAGUUAACAUCAAAGCCUAUGUGUAAUAGGGUAUUGUUUGUAUUUAAGUCAUUAGACUUAAAAGGAUCCACUAUGUGCUAUUGGGUUUGUGGUUUUCUGCUCUGAAUUUUUUAUUUAUUUAUUAUUUACCGUAGCCUUUUGAGUUUGACAUACUAGCAGGAUAUUGACAAUAGAAUAUGCACUGUGAACCAUUUCCAGUUAUUGCUUUUUUAUAUAUAUAAAAAAUGGGUUUGGUCAAUCUCCACUGAAUCCACACACUACUUGAAAUUCCAACUGAAGGAAUUAUGUGUCGUGGUCAUGCAAGAGAAAUGUCUACAAUAAAAAAAUUCCAGCUGAGUGCCAUGCACUCAUUUUAAAAAUAAAACUAGUUUUGAGCAAUCA